GUACACCGAGGCGCAUGAUAGCGCAAUGAGUUGGCCUUAGGGGUGGGUCCCGCUGGCGGUUCAGCGACAUGCGGUUCCGGUUCAGGACCUCGUCCUCAAUCGGUCCACCUCGCUUCUGCGAAAUUUCUUCGUCUUUCACCCUGGCCUUCUCGAAUUGGAACUCCUUCAACCUUUGCACCGUUCAACACGUCAUGCUCUCUUCAACUCUCGCCUGAACAGCUUCUCCGAUUUGCCGGCGAUCUCCCUCCGUUCGCGAUCGAUCAACGAUUGAGGUUUAGGACACCGAGUCAGAGGUCGAAAUGUCCGUGUCGGAUUCCGAUUCCUCCUCCUCCUCCUAUGGCGCUGACUACAAAAGCCUCAAACAAGUUAGCCGCGAGCGAUUAUUACAUGAAAUGCUCAGGUCAGCAAAAACAGGGGAUUCAAAAUCUACAUGGAAGGUACUAAUAAUGGACAAACUCACUGUAAAGAUAAUGUCUCAUUCUUGCAAGAUGGCUGAUAUCACUGAUGAAGGCGUGUCAUUGGUUGAAGACAUAUACAAGCGAAGGCAGCCAUUGCCCGCAAUGGAUGCUAUAUACUUCAUACAGCCAACCAGAGAGAACAUAAUUAUGUUUUUGUCAGACAUGUCUGGAAGGAAGCCCUUGUACAGGAAGGCAUUUGUUUUCUUUAGUUCACCUAUUGCCAGAGAAUUGGUUAUGGAAAUUAAAAAAGAUGCGCAGGUGUUGCCUCGUAUUGGUGCUCUAAGAGAGAUGAACUUGGAGUAUUUUACCAUAGACACUCAGGGCUUCAUUACAAACAAUGAAAGAGCUUUAGAGGAGCUAUUUGGGGAUGAGGAGAAUAAUCGUAAAGCAGUUGCAUGUUUAAAUGUGAUGGCUACUCGAAUUGCUACCGUUUUUGCUUCAUUAAGAGAGUUUCCUUUUGUCCGCUUUCGUGCUGCAAAGUCCCUAGAUGCAACCACAAUGACUACCUUCCAUGAUCUUAUUCCUACAAAACUUGCUGCUGGUGUCUGGGACUGUCUUAUGAAAUAUAAAAAAACUAUACCUAAUUUUCCUCAGACUGAGACCUGCGAGUUACUCAUCAUUGAUAGAACAAUCGAUCAGAUUGCUCCUGUGAUACAUGAAUGGACAUAUGAUGCCAUGUGCCAUGAUUUGUUGAAUAUGGAGGGAAAUAAAUUUGUUCAUGAGGUUCCUAGCAAGACUGGUGGUCCACCUGAGCGAAAAGAGGUUCUCUUGGAGGAUCAUGAUCCUAUAUGGGUUGAACUUCGUCAUGCACAUAUUGCAGAUGCUAGUGAACGACUGCAUGAGAAGAUGACCAGCUUCAUUUCAAAGAACAAAGCUGCACAAAUCCAACAUGGUUCAAGAGGUAGUGGUGAAAUGUCGACAAGAGACUUACAGAAGAUGGUUCAAGCACUUCCACAAUACAGUGAGCAAAUCGACAAGCUCUCCCUCCAUGUAGAGAUUGCAGGAAAAAUUAACAGAAUUAUUAGGGAGUCCGGACUUCGGGAACUUGGGCAGCUGGAGCAAGAUCUUGUUUUUGGGGAUGCAGGAAUGAAAGAAGUGAUCAAAUUUUUGACUUCAAAUGAAGAUACAACUCGUGAAAAUAAGUUACGCCUGUUAAUGAUUCUCGCGUCCAUUUAUCCUGAGAAAUUUGAGGGUGAAAAGGGUCUGAAUUUGAUAAAGGUAGCAAAGUUGACAGAUGAUGAUGCGAUUGCCAUAAAUAAUUUGAGGAUGCUCGAGGGAGAACCUGAGACCAAAAAGACUUUGAUGAGUUCUUUUCCUCUGAACUUUGAUAUGCACAAGAAAAAGCGUGCAGCUAGGAAAGAUCGUUCUGGCGAAGAGGAGACAUGGCAGUUAUCACGUUUUUAUCCCAUAGUAGAGGAACUCAUAGAAAAAGUUAGCAAAAAUGAACUAUCGAAACUGGACUAUCCUUGUCUAAAUGACCCAAGUCCAACUUUCCAUGGUACAUCAUUAGCUGGACCAAUAACUCACAAUCCUCCUGCUCAUUCGAUGAGAUCAAGGCGCACACCAACUUGGGCUAAACCUAGAGGCUCUGAUGAUGAUGGAUAUUCAAGCGAUCCGGUUUUAAGACAUGCAUCCAGUGAUUUCAAGAAGAUGGGGCAACGAAUAUUUAUAUUCAUUGUUGGUGGAGCGACCAGAUCUGAGCUUAGGACUUGUCACAAGCUUACUGGUAAGCUGAGGAGGGAAGUUAUUCUGGGCUCGUCUAGUAUUGAUGAUCCUGCACAAUAUAUUACGAAAUUGAAGAUGCUAACAGCACAGGAACCUUCAUUGGAUGAUCUCCAUAUAUGACUUCACAGAUUCACUGGGAGAUGAUCUUCUGCUUGUCUAAUGUACGUGUUGUAACCAUAUUGUUUAUUCUUUUAACGUAACAAAUUCUUUGGACAUUUGAGCUGUGGUAUAGCCAAGCCACUGACUGCUAAAAAAUGUGCAUAUAUGUUAGGAAUUUUCAUUUGUCAGAAACAAUUUGUUUUUGAAAAAAAUUCUGGUAAAUGCUAUUCCUUGGAGCAA